UCAUGCUUGCAGUUACUACCUGUACACGUACGAUAAGAUGGUGGCUCCUAACGUAUCCCUGCGGAAGGAGGGGGAGGUGAGCCAUGAGGUUCUGGGGCCCUGCUCAAACAGCACUACAGCAGGAGAACACUCGUCCACGAUAACCAGCCCACCACAGAUCUUCCCGGAUCUCAUUCCUCCAUUGCAGAGGAGGCCAAAUCCCACCACGCAGGCGAAGCGAACGAGCGCCGCCGACCUUCUCCGUCAGUCGCCAUGGAGACUAGCCCCAGGCGGCAAGCAGCACGCCCCCAUUCCCAUGGAGGGCAAAGACAGUGGAGCUGAGGAUGACAAGGACAGGAUCAUGCUAGAGAUUGUGCAGAUGUACCGGCGGCAGCAAGAAAAGCUGAAUUCCACGCUUCAGAAACAGCUGCAACUGGAGAUGGAGCUGGAGGCUGUGCGCGGGGGCGAGGCAGCCAGGCUGAGGGAGUUGUCUGCGGAGCAGCUGGAGCUGCAGAACGAGCUGGAGGCGGUGCACACUGAGCAUGCUCAGAGACUGGGGGAGGUGCGGCAGGAGCAGAGACAGCUGGAACACCGACUGGAGCAGCUCAGACAGCAGAGCUGCGCCUGUCAACCCAAAGAGCAGGAGGCACAGUACAACGCACAGUUGUGUGAGCUUCGCUGCCGUUUGGAGCGUGCCGAGGCGGAGCGGCAGGAACUGCAGGAGGAGCUCUGCAGAGAGCGGGAGUCCAGAGAGAAGCUGGAGCUCAUGAUCUCGCAGCUUCAGCUGCAGACGGCCCAGUCUGGCACAAAGGGGAGCCGCAGUAGUAGCCCUGCCCAUCCCCCGACCCCCUCCGCAAGCCCCCAAUCCCAGCAUUCCCUCUCUUCACCGUGCCCUGAGGUAUCCUCCAGAUAAACUCCUCCUCGCACACUUCCAUGCCUGCAGCCCAGGAACACGCUCGCCCACUCCCUGCAGAGUCACAGGCAAACACUCUGCAGAAAAGAGACGCUCUCCCAUCCCCUUUAUGUAAAACCACCACAAAAAAAAACGUAAGGUUUGUGUUUAAUGUAGAAAUACUUUUCUUGUCACCCCUGCCCUCGACCAGUCGUUAAGCAUUUUUUUGGAUGUACAUGUUUAAUUUAUAGUCGUGCUGAGAGGCUGAUGGGACAGUAGAGUUAUUUCUUUGUAGGACGCUUGAAUCCUGUUGCAUUGGGAUAGUGCUCGAGUGCUUUUCCCGCUCCCAGCCCUUUGGUUACAGGAAACUGACACUCACUAAAAUACUACGGAGCCCCAGGAUGCCAAACAGCAAGACGCCAUUGCCCUGCGGCGGCAAGAAACCAUGUGGCGGUUUACUUUUUUAUUUUAAUUUUGUGUCGUUGUUUCCUACAGAAAAAAUGGGAGAAAGUUAUAAAAACAUUAUACUUAAUACAAGAGAUUCAGAAACUUUCUGAGGUCCCCCUCGGAUCAUAAUCCUCUUCCUCCAUUUUCUUUCCCUGCCUGUCAUUUGUCUGUUCAGUCUGGUGCUGAUUAUAUGUUUCCUGUCUGCACUACUGAUCCUCUGCAGGCUGGUAUAUGACAAACAGCUUCGUUCAUUCCUGCAUGAUGCAGUAAGCAAAGACUCACGUUCGCCCCCUGCUGGAGAACACUAUGAAACUCGGCCCCUAUUUAACUACAGGGAAAGGUUCAUCUCACUCUUUAAUUUAUGUUCAGAGGGUUAUCUAAGCAGCGAAAGAGUACCAGUAGCACCAAUAAGACAUUAGUGGUUUCAGUUUCUCAGAAAUUGCAAGAUCAAUAUCCUAUUUUCAAACUAAGCACAUUGUCGACCUUACAUUUGUAAGUUUUGUAUGGAUCCAUUAGUAGUGAAAUUAAAGAUGUUAACUAAGUAUUGAAGUAUGUCACAGCCUUCUAUAAACCAGAGCUGAUUUUUUUUUUAUCCAUUAGAAAACUGCUGAUAAAUUACCUAUAAUUUUUGGAUGUUUAGCUGAAAAUGUUUUCAUAUACCUCCUUGAUCAUUCCUCUGUGUCAUUAUUCUGCAUGACUGAACAAACAGGUCUGACCGAGAGAAGAACAGACAGGGGGCCAAGGGAGGGACUUAAAGGAAUUAAUGCUGCCGUGUUAGCUCCCAGUCACUGAGGGAUGACGAGGCACGCUUUGUUUCUCUUUGAAUCUCUGAUGCCCUCUCAUACAUUAUUACACAACUGUUAGAUGAAUGAAGAAAGAUGGACACAGGAAGUAAAGCAUUCUUGCCACUAGAGCAGUUUUUCUUUCUUAUAGGAUGUAAAUCUAGGCUGCUUUCAUGAUUUACAUAUCUCAUAUAGAACAUUCCACUGUGCACAACUCAUCAGAUUCAAAGUCAGCCAAGUCACAGCAGUUUUCUAAACCUGAUAAAGUGUACAGUGCAAAACCUCUUAGAUGCAAAAGAGGAAAAUGUAAAGAAACACCCUGACUUAUGUGAAUACAUCUAGCUAUGAAGAAUCAUAAAACAAAACGAUAUAUUGUUAAAGAGUGCUUUGCCAUUUUUUUUCUUGAAAUUAUUCAGAAAUUAAUGUAUAAACUAAUAAAGAUUUAUAUAUACUUUGUACAUAUGGUAGUCAUUAAUAUAUUAACUAAAUUCUUAUAAAUAAUCUUUCAAGGUUACUGAUCACAUUUAAAAAAGCUGGGCAUAGCCCAAGCUCUGUUUUUUUCUCUCUCUCUUUUUUCUUCUCUCUAAUUUAAAUUUGAAGAGUAGUUGUUAACAAAGUGUGUAAGGAUUUGUAGGGAUGCAUGAUGCUAGGACGAGAACGUGCCUCAGUGUUUCCCUUCAGUGGCUCAUCUCAUACAUUUCAUUGGAGCCCACUGAGAUUGACAACCUGUUGUUAUUUUGGUGGUGUUCACUGUUCAGAUUUUCCUCUGCCCCAUUUAUAUAUAUAAACUUUUGAUAUGAGAGACUGUGUGUCAGUGACAAAUGAGACAUGCUUACUGAAAAGAGCUUCUUUGUUUUUGUUUUUUGUAAUACAAAUCUAAAUAUACAGCGCUGAUUUCAUGUGUAGUUCUUUUGAGAGAUUGUAGCAUUUGUUUUGGCACUGUAAUGCAUUACUGCAGUGUCGACUACAAUUUUCAAAUUUCAAUCAGUAUUAGGUUUUCACCACAGUACCUCUGUAGCAGCCGGUUUCAAUGCUGUUUUUGAUAGUUUUGGGUAUUAAAAUUGUAUUUCUGAAGCUUUCUAGAGUAUACCUUUUCAUUUGUAAUGAUUCUAUGAAACGUGUAAAUUGCAUUUUGUACACGGGGGGGGGCGCUGUAAAUCUAUGUAGAAUGCCAUGUUAAAUUUGAAUUAUGAGGAUAGGAAUACUGUACUCUUUUAGACUCUUAAAAUCAACAAACCUAUUUUGGCUUUUGCAGGGUUAAGAAAAUGAGUACAGAUAACGUUGUACAUAUACGAGAGAUGUGAAAUAUAUUGAAUAUCUGGUAUGUAUAGACCUGGUAUAAUAUGAUGAGCAAAACUGUACCUUAAAGCAAUCUAAUGCUAAAGUUUUUCAGCAAAGCUACCAUGUAUUUUGCAUUAUAGGGGAAAUAUCCCAUUUUACAGGGGAUAGUGAAUACAGUGGCUCCCUUGAGCUGAUUAAUGGCAAAGGAAAAAAGAUAAUUACAAUUAUAUAAACAAACUUUUUUUUUAAAGGUAAAAUUACACAUAGUAUACAAAUAACUACCUUCCAGCACAGCAUGUGUCCCUGUGAUCUUGAUCACACCUUUUCUAAUGUAUAACUGAGAAAUUACUUCUAAAAAAAUUUAUAAGAAUUUAAAAAAUUAAUCAAAUAUGAUGCUUUUUUUUGAGAACACACUUACCACUGUAAUAGAAACAUAAUUGACUUUCGUUAACAGCAAAGAUAUUUUAAGUUGCGAUUCUGAGAUAUGAAAUGCAGUGUUUGUGUGUAUCAUUGCAUAAUAUGUUGCCAAUCCUACAGUGUGAUGAGAGGUUUUUUGCUCUUGCAUGAAAAUGAGACUUUGCUCUCCUACCUCAUGUUGUGAUAAGAUGUUUUCUAAAGCAGAUGACAGAUCUCAAACGGUUUAUCACGAUUGAAAUUUACGAGUUAAAUACAUGUACAUGCUUUUAGCUAAUACCUCAGUUGUAUCUAGUGUUUUGUUUAUUUCCCCUAUUUCAGACAUUGUAAAUAUAUCUUGUAUAGACAAUGAACUUGGAUUCAAUUCAAGUAAAGUUCUGUAGUGUCAA